AAGGUCAUGGAUGAGUCCUCUGUGUUUAACGCAGCAGGUGGAGAGGCCGAGGAUUUGAUGUUUGAGUCAGAUAAAUGCUACAUUUGCCUGAACCCGUUUGAAAAGCAAGCAGUGGGUUCUCUACAGAGCUGUCAGCAUGUUUUCUGCCUUGAAUGUAUUCUACAAUGGUCCCAGACUGCCAACACUUGCCCUGUGGAUCGGAUCACUUUUGCUUUCAUCCACCAGAGACGGUGUCCUGGAGGGGACAUUCUAAAGAAGAUCAAAGUGAGGACACGGGAAAAUGUUGACGAUGAAGAAGAGGAGGGGAGCAAUGCUGUAAUUUGCGAGAGAUGUGGACGAAGCGACCGCAGGCACCGGCUGUUGGUGUGCACGCACUGUGAUUCAGGGUAUCAUAUGGACUGCAUGACACCACCACUAACUACGGGCCCUGAAGGUGACUGGAUUUGUCCCGAGUGUGCAGUUUGCCCUCAGCAAACAGACGGCUCCAUGUCGGGGGAGGAGAUCAGUGAUGCAGAACUGACAGACCUCCUGGCUGAAGCAGAUCAAACUCCAUCCACCAGCAGUCGUCUUCGGCCCUCCACCAUGAAUCGUCCCGGAGGCUCCAUUGAACGACGACGCAGCGAGAGGGUCCACAGGAGAGCCCGUGUCGAUCCUCCUGACCCACGACCCCAAACCUGCUCGCAUGUGCCUAAAUAUCUCUUACGGGCUCUGAAGUCUGCAGACCAAACAGACGAGGUAUUUCCCAUUCCUCACAGUCACACCAACAAUGCCUCAGUCAGAAUCACUGACAGGAACAACAUGCAACAGUGGAUAUGGAGCUGGGCCAACACCGAGGGGGCUUUGGGCCUUAAAGCCUGUGACUCCUUCAGCAAUUAG